UAUAUGCGCAAAGCUUCAAAUUUGGUAUUCGUAUGCUUGUUUGAGUGUAGUGUAUUUUAAACAUGUUGGAGCGAAACCGGGUUGUGUUGUUUUAAUGAAAAUUUGUAAUGAAAUAUGUCAGACAUUAAACGUGUGGCUCUAACGACUCUUGAACCGCAAAAAGUGAAUGACAAAGUGAUAAAAAAACUGUGUAAAACAGUGAGGAUAUCUGUGAUUUUACCCGAAUCCAAUGAAGACAACUGCCCUGAAUAUAACUAUAAGGACCAACUAGCUGCUGUUGUAAAGAGGAAAACAAAACCGGUGAAGGACACGAACGGUUUAGAAAAUGGACUGGAUCCAUUCGGUGAUAAUGAUGAUGAUGUUAGAAGAAUUGCUCUUGAAAUGGAAGCAAAAUAUGGCUCCGGGGUGACAAAGAAAAAGAGGAAAGAUAGAAAAGAUGAUUACGCGGAUAUUGGUAUGGGUUACGACGAAUCGGAUUCAUUUAUUGAUAAUACCGAUGGUUACGACGAAAUUAUACCGAAAAACGUCACUACUCUUCAUGGUGGUUUUUACGUAAAUUCCGGCGCGCUUGAAUUUAAGACUGAUGACGAGGCUAGUUCCGACGCCUCCACUUCCGCUUCUUCCUCUUCCGGUACAUCUUCUGCGUCGGAAAGUGAGGGUGAGGAUAAACAGAAGAAUAAAAAUCGUAAGAGGAUAUUGGAAACUUCAGCUGAUAGCGACAGCGACACUGCCAAUCCCGCUCAAAAGGAAAAGAAACUCAAAGUACAAUCGCCGACGACUUCUAUGCAACAAGCCAUCAAGAAAAAAAUGUUUAGUACAGCAAAAAUUCAAGUGAAAAAACGGAAAUCUAUAGAUCCGAAUAAGACAGUUAAAGAUUUGUUGAGGGAAAAACGCGAAGAUCUCAAUUUAUCCGUACCGGAUGAGUUAAAAACAGUGGAGGAUACCAUCGAAAAGGAAUCCUCGAAAGAAAACAAAAAACCCAUGAACAUAACCAGUGUAACGGAUGCCAUAGAAUCCGUUUUGAAGCAGGUGGUAGAAGAUUUCGAUACCAAGCAAAAUAAAUCGCCGGCUGAGGAUAAUGUAAAUAAUACACAAAAUAAAAUCGAUACUCAAUUGAAAGAUAAAGACAAACCGACUUUGAGUAGGUUAGAAAAGGAAGAAAUAGUGAAGUUACCAGAAAAUUUACCGGGGGAUAUCGACGGUAUACUUACGAAAUUAAAAGAAGCCGCCAUUAAUUAUAAAGGAGAAGGGAAGAAGGCGUUUUUUACGCAAGAAGUCAAUGGGUUAUUACUGAAUUUGGAAAAGAAGAGUAGAAUCAUAUCCAAAUCGUCGAGAGUGAAAGUUUACGAACACCUCGCGCAGUACGUGAAUUGCACUAAAGACACGUUAAUAAGAAGGGCGAGGGUGUUGGAUUUGGAGGAUAACGAAAGACGGUUGAGAAAUUUGAAGACGAAAUUGAAGGAUUGCAUCGAUACCAUCAUGCCUGCUUUGGAGGAGAACUUCCGGCAGGAGAGUCAGAAAGUGAUGGAGAAAAAGUUUUCUAAGGAGAACGAGAAUGAUGAAGAAUGGAAAAAUCUCAAAUUACCCAAGAGGAAAUUCCGUUGGAACGAAGAAACUAAGAAACAUUUAAAAGAUGUCGUUAGUGUUAAAAAACGUUGUCUCGUCCUGGAAGGUAACAAGGCUAGUUUAUUAGAAGAACAACUGGUCGAUUACCUUAGAAAGGACAUCUUACCACUGUGGCCGGAAAAUUGGAUGUAUAUAAACAACAUCAAGAAGAUACUCAAUAGUAUGCAGGGUCAUUCGAGAUCUUCUUCUUCAUCGAAUCCUUCGAACGUCAGCGUCGAUUCAUCGAAACAUUCCAAUAUUUCCAUAACGCCAAUCACCAACGGGAAAAACGAUGCGGAUAAAACCGAAAUUACGAAUAGUAUCACCGUCACCAAAGUCGUUAACAACAACGAAAUCGUUUUAGAUAACAAAAAAAUCGACGAUACUGAAGAACAAUCGAAAUCGAACGAGAGCCAAUCGAAAAUCGAUUCGAACGACGAAGUUUUUAAACCGUAUGCAGAAAUGAAAAAAAUCUACGCGAAAACACACGAAAUGUUCAAACCGUACGCCGACGAAAUUAAACCGGAAAAAAAAUUCGAAAAUAACAAGGAAAUUGUCCCCCAAUAUAUGGAAAAAGAAAAAACCUCGGAAAACAUCCGAUCAAACAAACAAGAUUUUGAAGAAAAAGAAAAAUACCCCGGAAAAUCUUAUCACAAUAAGGACAAACAUCAUCAUUACCACGACAAAAAUAAACACCAUCACCACCACCACCAUCACCACCUCGACAAAGACAAACGUUCUUAUACGGAUAAAGAUGUAUCGAGUAAAUACGUCGGUCAUAACUACGGAGAAAAACUAAAACACCCCGAUUAUACUUAUAAUACCGAAAAGGAAAAACCCCAUUCGUAUACCGAUAAACAAAACCGUCAAACUUACCCCGAUAAAGAAAAACCCGAAGAGAAACCGAUCAACCGUCAAGAAGUAAUCACCCCCCCGAUAGAUCUCGUCCGGCACGUGGAAAAAACGUCGAAAUCUAUGGAAAAACCGAUCGUCUCGUCGAAACCUAUAGAGAAACCGAUCGUCUCGUCGAAACCUAUGGAAAAACCGAUUGUUUCGUCGAAAUGCGUGGAAAAACCGACGGAUUUAUCGAAAUUUCAAAUGUUCAAACCCUAUUCGGAUACGCCGAAAUCCGUAGCUAUGGACGAUUUGACCGUUUAUCAAUCGAAAGAUGUGAAUUGCUACAAACCGUUACAAGAUGAAAAAUAUCAUUCGAACGUUACCGUAUCUCAGGAUUUGACUAAUAAAUUUAACGUUCCUGUUGGCGAUUUCGUAUCGACGAGAUGCGACGUUUCGGCUACGAAACAUCGAACCGCCAACGCCGCCGCGCAUUGUUAUCAAAGUGGAAAUAAUGUUAACGAUCUAUCUUCAAUGUUGGACGAUAGCGGCGUAAUAGUUAAAAAUCUUCCGACUAGAGAAGAAAAAAAAGAAAAUCCCCCGACUGUGAUACCGACAACAUCUCACUGCCAAGGCGUUAAAAAAAAAUUAUUAGAAACGUACUCUAGAAAUCCCAACGAUAUCAAUUCAUCAAAUCAUUAUUCGCCCGUAUUCCCCGUACACCAAGAUUACGUACCGCACACUCCUCUAGUCACUUCGAAAUCGGACGGAGACGGUCAGAAAGACAUCCAGAUGGUUAUGGAGAACUUGAAAGCUUUACAAAAAUUGGCGUGUUCGCCAGUAAAAAACGACAAUUCGUCGAAUUCGCCCGUUUCUGUUAUAGCUUACAACAAAAGUUUUUCCAGUUCGAAAACCACAUCGAAUCACAGUCACGGCGGUAGGAACGACGUUAAUAGUAGAGGCGGCGGUGCAGGAGGAGGAGGAGGCGGCGAUUUCGCGUCCGGUUUCCAAGACGAAUUCCAAAAGGCUUUUAUCAAUUCGUUACAACAAAUGGCCGCGAAUAAAUCGAGUUAUAAUAACGGUAGUUAGUCCAUGUCAUUUUAGAGCAUGGUCAGCGUAUUGUGGAGUGAUUAAUUUUAUAAUAUAUUGUAAAUAAAUAAGUAAACUGCCCGAAAGAGAAAAAAUUAUUAUGAAAUCUAAGAUAUAAUUAUUGUAAUUAUCCAUUUUUUUUUUUUUCAAUUUGUACAUUAAAAAGUUUCACAUAAUUUUUAUCAAUUCAUUGUAUUUAUUUUAUUCGGCAUGUAAAUUGAAACUGUGUUGUACUUUUUAAAUAUAUUUUUUAAAUAGAUAAAA